AUAAAAAGUAACCCUUUAUUCCAUAUUAGUAUUUUUACAGAUUAUAGACAAUAUUUAUUGAAAAUUUUUAAUAAAUUACAAUUUUUAACAGUACAAGAAUGUUAGUUUUAACAGCAUUUGCAGGAGCUGUUUUAAAAGGAUUUAAAGGAUUUCCGGUAAUUUAUGCGGAGGAAAACCCUGCUAAAAAGAAGUUAAGUAUUUAUGAUGAGCCUAAACCCGAUAUAAUUUUAGUAGAAUCACCAACAAGAUUAGAAAAAGAAAUUAGACAAACUAGAAUUCAAGUUAUUAAAGCUGCUCGUGACUUUGAACAACAAAUUCAUGGAGUAGCUAAUAAAUGGAUCGCUAUUGAACAAGAUACUGAAAAAACAAUAAAAGAGAUUGUUGCGCAAGAUGAACGAUUAAUGCCAGGGGCAUUAUAUAUCUCGGUAGCAGGUUUAGCAGGAACCAUUAUAGCGAGAAAUCGUAAUGUUUUACUCCGAAUUGCAAGUCCAUUAUUUUUUACCAUUGCUUCUUCAUAUUAUUUUUUACCAAAAACAUCACAUAAUAUUUUAAAAAAAAUUCAAGAAUACGAACAAAAAUCCCCAAAAUUAUUGAAAGUUCAUUAUUCUAUUUCUGAAGUAGCUAGCGACACUAAACAAAAAGUUGAUUCGGUCAUUGCUGAUUUAAAAAAUAAUAAUAAUAAAUCAAAAUAAAAAAAAUAAAAGAAUAUAUUUUAAUAAAAAAGUUAUUAAUUCAAUAAAUAUUAAUUUUACUUGAUUAAUAAAUAUUAGUAAAUUAUCAAUAUAAUAAUGGUUACGAA